AUGGAUACCCCAUGUUGGAGAAACGUCAAACUGGCCACCGCUAAAUGCAUUUGCGCAGCAGAAGAUACGGACAACGAUGAUGAUCUUCUGGCUGCCGAAAUUCUUCAUGCAUUAUCGGGCCGGUUGAUCAAAAACAACCAUGGGGAAUGCAUGCUAGAAGAUAGCUUCGCGCAUCAAACAAUGUCGCGGAUGGUGUGUCUGUGGUUGCGCAAACCAGGUUGUGCGGUAUUUGCAAAUGGUAACCCGGUGAUUACUGUGAUUGGUACCUUAGAAUUGAAGGUAACAUAUAAACAAAAUCCUGGGCGUGUGCCAGAUUAUGUGAAGCUGGCAAAAAAAAUGAAGUUGGUGCUGCAUUAA